CUUACUUAGUGCACCUAAGAGACUGCAGAGAAUGUUACUCAGGCUACAGCAGUAUGAUAUUAGUGUGACCUAUGUUCCAGGCAGGGAUAUGUUACUUGCAGACACGCUGAGCAGAGCAUACUUACCAGAGAGCACUAGGGGUGAGAGUGAGACAGAUAUAGAGACUGUAAACAUGGUUGGCUACCUACCCAUUUCAGCAGAGAGGCUGAGUGCCAUCAGGGCUGCAACAACAGACGACACAAAGUUACAGAGUGUGGCAAAUAGAAUACUGUCAGGGUGGCCCAAGAGAAAACAGGACUUACCAAGUGACAUCAGGCACUACCACACCUUCCAAGAUGAACUGAGUUUCCCGGAUGACAUAGUGUUCCGAGGGGACAGAGCCGUGAUACCUGACGCACUCAGGGUGGACAUCACUCACAGGAUCCACUCCUCUCACCUGGGAGUAGAGGGAUGUCUGAGGCGAGCGAGGGAGUGUGUAUACUGGCUUGGAAUGAAUGAGGAGAUCAAGACUUUCAUCUCCAAAUGUGACAUAUGUAGGUCAGUGGACCCAAAACAACAAAGAGAGACACUACACCCACAUGACAUGGCAAGCAGACCCUGGGCCAAGGUAGGAACAGACCUUUUCUCCUUUCACAAUAAAGACUAUCUGAUAACAGUAGACUAUUAUUCAAAUAUUUGGGAGGUCGAUUAUCUACCUGACACGAAGAGUAACACAGUGAUCAAGAAACUCAAGGCUCACUUUGCCCGACAAGGGAUUCCGUACAUUGUUAUCUUAGACAAUGGACCCCAAUAUGCAUCACUAGAGUUUCAGCACUUCAGCCGAAAGUGGGACUUUGAACACAGGACAUCGUCGCCAGGAUACCCGCAGAGUAAUGGGAAAGCAGAGUCAGCGGUGAAGACAGCCAAGCGCCUGAUGCUGAAGGCUGCAGCAGCACGACAAGAUCCGUACUUGGCCAUGCUGGAUCAUCGCAACACGCAGAGCCAGGGCCUCGUCACAAGCCCGGCAGAGACUUCUGAGCAGGAGGACCAGGACCCUGCUUCCCAUGAAGGACACUCUGCUGAAGCCAGAGGUAACACACAACGAACAGGGACUGGAAAACAACAGACGGAGACAGGAAAAGUACUACAGCAAAAGACAUGGACACUCUGGAGAGAGGGGACAAUGUGAGAAUACAACCCUGUGGCACACACGGUGGCUGGAGACCAGCGAAGGUGGUCCGACAGGUGAGCCAUAGAUCAUAUGAGGUGGAGUUGGAGUCAGGUGGUGUUGUGAGGCGUAAUCGUCGCCACCUCAGACACAAUCUCACCCGCCGCUCACUAACACAGAACACACCCACACCAACUGUGACUGAGGAGGCCGUAGCGCCAGGCGGCCCAGCAAACCGGGAAACGGUCACUAGGUCGGGUCGACAAGUUGUCAGACCCCACUACCUGACGGACUAUUCGCAGUGAUUGGAGGAUGGACUAUGAAAAAAAAAAAAAGAGAGAGAGAAACAAGCUCCGGUUUUUGGCCAUCAAAUGUGGGAAGGAUCCGAAGACAACCGUGUGGAGAAUGCUUCAGAGUAUCUUCUCAAAUCGCCUUUCAAUUUCUACAACUUGGACUGGUGUAGGGGCUAAAGCUUGUUUUAAAGACCUGUUCCUGAAGACCAUUGUUCAUAGGGCCAUACGGAAGAAUCCGGCAACACUGAUGAGGCGGUCCAGGUUAAUGUAAUGCGUUACCUGAAAGGAGCAUCUGACCGCGAAGGUGGAAAAAGGCGCAGCACAACAGAGAGGGACCCAGAACCGACUCCUCAAACCUUGGCUUGUCUAGACUACUGACACCCCAGCAUGUUCUUUGUGUGUGUGUGUGUAUAUUUGAUGUAUAUAUUUUUUGUUUUCUUUUUUAUUUAUAUUUCAGUGUGCUGACACAUCUUGUUUCAAUACUGUACUGAAAUGUGGAAUUAAAACUUCAAAUGGAAA